CUGAGAUCGAUACGCACGUGUUGCUAUGGUAAACAACCUCGUUUUCAUUUCAGAAGUCUGGGAUCUAACGCGAUCAAAAUGGCGGGCCAGCAAGAGGAGGUUUGUCAUAAGAUCUUGUCGAAAUUUCCAUCUGGAAUAUCCUUUGCUUUUGCUUAUGGUUCGGGAAUAUUCCAUCAAAAAGGAAAUAUUUCCUCGCAGAACAUGCUAGAUUUCGUAUUUGUCCUUCAAAAUGCUCGUAAGUGGCACGAGGACAACAUGUACGGUAAACAUCACGCCCAUCAUUACUCGUCACUCCGCUGGUUUGGUUCAAGGGCUUUAGUGCCAUUGCAAGACAAACUCGGUGCAGGUGUGUACUACAAUACUCUGGUACCAAUGGAAGGAAGAAUGAUCAAGUAUGGAACUAUUAGCCAAGACAAUUUUCUUCUAGACUUAAACGAUUGGCAGUGGCUUUAUUUGGCCGGACGUCUGCACAAACCAGUUCACUUGAUACUGCGACCGAAUGACGAAGAUAUUUUAUCAGCUUUGAAGGCGAAUUUAAAUAGCGCUGUCACUGCAGCACUCCUUUGCCUUCCUGAAUACUUCACAGAGGAACAGCUUUUCCUGAGGAUUGCAGGAUUGUCUUAUGCUGGAGACUUUAGAAUGGUUGUUGGCGAAAACAAGAAUAAAGUUCAGAACAUUGUUAGUUCAAAUUUUGAAUCUUUUCAAGAGCUUUAUAGGCCAAUUCUUUUGAAUUCUGGUCAACUGCAUUUUAUUUCUUCUUCUGGAAAAUAUCACCAGGAUCAGGCAAGUGACGUAAUAUUAUCUCGACUAAUGUCCUUACCCAAAAACUUACAGCUUAAAGUAGCUCAAGCUCUUGAAGGUAAAAAAGUCAAACCCUCUUUAGUUGAGAGUGCAUUAGUCAAGGCUUCAAAAGAUAGAGCUGACUGCUCCCAGUUAGUUAACAAAGGCGUGACAUCUAUUGUGAAAAGAUCUAGUAUUACUCAGAGUGUUAAAGGAAUCUUUACUGCAGGAGGUCGUAAGACAUUGAUUUACAGUGGGCAAAAGCUUACAAAAAUGAUGAAAGGAAUUUUUGGAAGAUGAAUUUCAGUUUUGAUAUUCAACUUUAAAGUUGGGCAAUUUACAUACAAGGGUUUAUUGUGUUUUGAUUGAUGGCAGAAGUUAUUAGAAAUUAAAUUACACUUUUAAGAUGAAAACUGAGGUGAUAAUGGAGCUGCAUUUUAAAGUGGUACUAUGACGAAAAUCGCAUCUUUCCUAUCGCAGCCAUUUUAAAACAUGAACAAG